AUGAAUGACAUGAAAAAACAAAAGGAAAGUAUAAAUUUUACGAAUAUGAAUAAUACUAAUAGUGUGAGUAAAGAAAAUAUAAAUAAUACCAACAAUUUUAAUACAAAUACAAAAGACAUAAACAAUAAUAAUUAUAUCAACAACAAUAAUAAUAAUAAUAUUAAUAAUAAUAAAUAUAGUAAUUAUAAUAAUUAUAAUAAUUUUAAUAAUGAUGGUCAGUUAAUAAAUAAUUUAUCACAAAUCUCCUUGAAUAAUAAUUAUAAUAAUCAACCUGUAUCAUCCCCUUUUGAUCAAAAAAAUAACGAUCAAAAUUUUUAUUCUACUCCUAGACAAAAGAGUCAAUAUUUGAACCCUCAUAUAAAUAAUAUAAACAUUUCAAAUAAUGCAAAUAAUUUUAUAAAUGAUAAUACUUCUACGCAAUCAAAUACACAAAAUUAUAAUAUAAAUCAAACGGAUUACACAAAUAAACAAAAUGUAUCUCCAUAUGUAAAUUCAAUGCAUAUUUCUUAUAAUCAAAAUGUACCACAAACAUACACAAAUAAUAGUAACAUUAGUAAUAAUAAUAAUAAUAUGAAUAAUAUGAAUAAUAUUAAUAAUAUAAAUAAUAAUAAUAAUAAUAAUUAUUAUAAUAACCAACCAACAAAUACACACCUUUAUUCAAACAGUACAGGGACAAAUGCUCCUGUAACUAGCCAAAUGACAAAUUAUAAUAUGAACGGUCAGGUAGAAAAAAAUAAUGUGAACAAUAAAACUUAUAAUAAUAUGAACGAGUCACCAAAUAUUAUGAACCAGUCAUGUAAUUUCAAUAAUUUACCUAACAAUGUAAGCAAUCAAACAAAUUACCAAAAUAAUUAUUACCCCAAUAACAGUCAACCAAUUAAUGUUACACAAAACAGUAUAAAGUAUAGUCCAUUUAAAAAUAAAAGUAUCAACCAAACUAAUGUACAGGAAAAUAAUAAUUUUAAUGAAAACAGUGCAAUACAUAAUUAUGAUAUGGGAAAGGGUAUAACUAAAAAUGUACAGGGGAAUGUGAAAAGUAAUGAUGAGGAGGUUGAAGAUAAUGAGGAGUCAGGUGACAAGGAUAGUUCUAGUGAUGAAGAGUCAAGUGAUUUUGAUAAUUCUGUAGGAGAAAAUGGAGAAGAAAUAUAUACAUUAAUUAAAAAAACAUAUAAUAGAAUAGAUAUGAAUAAGAUACCUAGACCAAUAAUUAAUUUUCCAGAUAAGAAGAGUCGACGUAAUUUAAAAGUAUAUGAUACAUGUAAAUAUAUAUCACCACCAUCUUAUUAUCAACCAUAUAUAUCUAUAGACACAGGCAAAGCAGAUGCACGUUUUAUUAAGAGUACUUUAUAUCAGUUACCUUUAUAUUCAGAAACCUUAGAAUUAUCUAAGAUACCCUUUGGUAUUAUAGUGAAUCCAUUUGCUUGUUUAAAUGAGGGUGAGUGUGUAGAGAAGGUUGAUAUGAAAGAUGUUAUAAAUGAUAAAGAGGAGAAUAUAGAGAUAUUAAGAUGUCCUAAAUGUUAUAGUUAUUUACAUGCAACAAUUUUGGAAGAUAUAUCAAAAUCUGUUCAUUGUGUUUUUUGUGAUACAGAAUUUUUAAUUAAUGAAAAUAUAUUAUUUGAUAUAUAUCAAUAUAAUGAAAAGAUGAAUUCACGUAUGGAAGGUCCAAAUGAUUAUAUGAGAACAAGUAUAUCUCCUUUAUUGAAGGGUAGUGUGGAUAUAUUAUUACCACCUAUAUAUUAUAAUAGUAAUAAUAAUGUUAAGUUGACGUAUACAUAUUUAAAUAAAAAUUUGAACCAAGCAGCUUCUAUGAUAACGAAUAAAAUUAUGUCUUUUACAAAGCAAAUAUCAAACAGUUUGGUUUUGUCAGAUAUGAAAGGUGAAAAUAAUACAAAUGAUAAUAUUAUUAAUAAUAAUAUGAGUAGUGGUAAUAACAAUUACUAUAAUGAUCAUAGACGCAAUUUAUAUAAUCCUUAUAAUAAUAGUAAUAAUCAAAUAAUUUAUAAUGAAGCACAAAGGAAUAUACAAAAUGAGGAGAAUAAUUUAUUAAAUUAUAAUUCUCAAGGUAUGAACAAUUAUAGUUAUGUUCAGAAAGGUGGCGUUUCACCGAAUAAAAUGAUAAAUCCUAAGGAUGAGAAUUCUUAUUCUAACAUUGAUGACAUUAUUAAUAAUUUUCACUUUAAUAUGCAUGAUAUAAAAAAUAUUAUUAUAGAAAAGGAUGGAGAACCAGAAGAUAGCAAAAUGAAAAGAGGUUCUUUUUUAUUAAAGUAUCCACAAAUAAAAAAGUGUUUACCUCCAUAUUUUAUUUUUGUUAUAGAAUGUUCUUAUAAUUCUAUAUAUAGUAAUAUAACGCAUACGAUUUUAGAAGGUAUUCGUUAUGCUAUUCAGAAUGUCAAAUGUGAUAAGACAAAAAUAGCAAUUAUUACUUUUAAUAGUAGUAUAUAUUUUUAUAAUUGUAAGAAAAAUAAAAAUAAUCAGGUUAUUGUAAUGAGUGAUAUAGAUAAUCCGUUUAUUCCAUUAUCGUUGGACGAUUUAUUUUUUAGUUGUAUAGAUGAGAAGGAUAAAAUAAAUAAUUUGAUAGAUAGUAUAAAAUUAUUUAGUAAUUCUUGUAUGCAAUCAUAUAGUUCUUGUGGUAACAGUGCAUUGAAGAUAGCAGUUGAUAUUUUAAAAAGUAGAAAUGGCAAUGGAAAUGUGUGUAUGUUUUAUACUAGUACUCCAAAUUGUGGUUUAGGUUGUAUAAAAGAGUUAAAAAAAAGGGAUAUACAUGAAAAUUUUUUAGAAGUAAAAGAGAAGAUUUUUUAUGAUGCAUUAUUAUUAGAUUUAUAUUCAUAUAAUAUAAGUGUAGAUAUAUCUAUAAUAGCAUCAAAUAAUAUUCGUAUAUGUGUACCAUCAUUACAAUAUAUAGCACAGAAUACAGGAGGAAAUAUAUUAUUUAUACAAGACUUUCAAUGGCAAAAGAAUUAUAAGGAAAUAUAUAUGAAUAUAAAAGACACUUUAACAUCAGAAAAUAUAGCUUAUUGUUGUGAAUUAAAAUUAAGAUAUACUCAUAAUAUUGUAGUAAAGAAUUUAUUUUGUUGUAAUAAUAAUUUUAAUUCUAUAAUAAGUACCGAUACUAUUAAAAUACCAAAAAUAAGGCAUGACCAUACCUUUGCAUUUUUAUUAAAUUAUUCUGAUAUGUCUGAGACAAAGAAGCAAGUAUACAUUCAGUGUGCAUGUAUAUAUACAAAUUUAUAUGGUGAUCGUUAUGUAAGGUUGCAUACAACCCAUAUGAAUUUAACAACAUCCUUAAGUACUGUUUUUAGAUAUACAGAUGCAGAGGCGUUAAUGAAUAUAUUAAUUAAGCAGCUAUGUACAAACAUAUUGCAUAAUGAUAAUUAUUCAAAGAUAAUAAUAGACAACUUGGCGGCCAUCCUAUAUUCCUAUCGAUUAAAUUGUGCGACGUCGGCUCACUCGGGGCAAUUAAUUUUACCAGACACCUUAAAAUUGUUACCUCUGUUCACGUCUUGUUUAUUAAAACAUAAUGUUGUGAAAAAAGACGCUUUACAUGAUUUAAAGGUGUAUAAUCUAAUAAAACUUUUGUCCAUGCCAAUCAUAUCUUCUCUUUUGUUUGUAUAUCCAGUAUUGUAUUUAAUUCAUAUGAAAGGACGACAUAAUGAAAUUGAUUACAUGGAUGUAGAUGAUGAGAAUUUUCUUCCAAGAGCAAUACCGACAAGUGCAGAAAAGGUAUAUUCUAGUGGUAUAUAUUUAUUGGAUUCAUCAACACAUAUGUAUCUUUAUUUUGGUUAUCACUGUGAUCCGGAUUUUACCACAGACAUUAUUGGUGAAAUGCCAACUCAGGAAAAUUGUUACCAGUUAAUAAUAUUAGAUAAUAGUACAAAUGCAAAAAAAUUACAACGCAUAAUUGCUAAUAUUAUAAGAAUUCAUCAUUUUAAUAAUUACGUGCCUUUAGUUGUUGUCCCCCCAAAGUCGUCAAUGGAAGAACACUUUAUUUCAUUAUGUGUUGAGGAUAAAGUAGAAAAGGAAUAUAGUUAUGUAAACUUUUUAUGUUUUAUUCAUAAACUUGUUCAUAAGAAAAUCGAAGAAUCAUAG